AUGGGUGGAGGUGAAAAUAAGGUUGACAUAUACAGCAAAAUAGCAGCAGUGCCAUCUUCUAUCCAAAUACUUGGUGCACCAAACAGCUCGCAGUCUGCAGAAUCUCCAAAACUGGACGAAAUUGAUGCAAAUGCGCACGAGACUUUCACACUUGAGGAGAUGAGAGUGCUGAUAAUGAGCUACAGAAAGAAAAACAAGGAUUUUCUAAUCGCAAGAGUCACCACCCCUGACCCGGAAAACAAUUCGCUGUUCUAUAAUUUCUACUAUGCAGCUGCUGAGAUCAAUAGAAUACUUUUCAGGUACGAACCGUCUCGCAGAUUACUACACCGUAUGAAAGUAAAAAAUCCACUGAACAACAUGUAUAUUAUUGGCCAGGUAUUCUACUACAAAAUAACUCCACAGGAUGUGGACAAAGCAAUUGUCAACUUCUUAUUCAACCAGGUAAAAGAAAAAGACAAAUCUAGAAAGGCAUUCAGCGCAAUAUUUAGGCACAAGCAUGACUUUUCAAGAGGCAGAAAAACACAGAAGUCCAAAGAUUCAAUGGACAUUCAGGAGCAGAGACAGAUAGUUGAAAACCUCGAUGGAAAAAGCUCGAAAGAAAUCAUUGAGAAUAUAUCCGUGGGAAAGAUCCCGAUGCCUGAAAAAAUAGAUUUUAACAAAAAAAUAAAGUAUGAUGCAAAGUAUUUUGCAUCUGAUGAUGAUUUUUUGAUCAAACAGGAUGUUAGGGAUUAUUUCAAAAGGAAUGCCCUUGAGCCUGAAGAUGAAUUCUUGUAUGAUUUAGACAGAACGCAAAAUGACUUCAUGGCACUCAUUGAUGAUGAUUCGGAAGAAGAAGAGGAAGAGGUUAACGAUUGGAGGAGGGUGCUUUCAGCACACAUCUCUCUAGCACUGUCGAUGCUAUUUGUAUGUCUUCUGAUGGGAGGAGGACCUGGAAUUGCAAUAAUAUUUUUACCGCUGGCUGUAAUUAUAUUUUUUUCUUUUAUUUCAUCGCUGUGCUAUGUUUUGUGCUGCAGAAGAAGUACAUUUGACACACUGGCUGUGAAUAGCAUAGAGGAUGAACUUUAA